AUGUAAAACAAAAAAACACAGAAUUCUUUGGUACCAACCUACUAAAAAUUAUUUAAAAUUUAAAUAUCAAAAUAUUCAAUACACAUUUGAGAGUACACUAUUUAAUAAAAUUAAAAUCUCAAAGUAUCUCCCUUUGUAAACAAAAACUUGUCUUAUUUAGUGAUGCAUAUUUCAAGCUUGACCAGGCCCAUAGAUCAAUUUUGGAGAACUCACGUGUAAGAGAUUUAAUAAAUAAAAAUCAUAACUUAGUGCGUGCCAAAAAUACCUUUAUUGUUCGUGAAGAAUGAAGAAAAAUAAUUAAACACCAAACUGGUCCCUUUACCUUAAGAUAAUACAAAAAUAUAUUAAGAAGACAUAAAAAUGAGAAUCCCAAGAGUUCUUAGUCCAUUGUAUCAGAUGAAAUUGUUAAAAAAAUUUGGUGCAUAUGAAAAAGUUUACCCAAUUGAAACAACACCCAGUAGGCCAGUGCCUGAUCAUAUACCAAGACCGGAUUAUGUAACAGGCCUUCCCCGUGGAAUUCCUAAAGUACCAGAAACCAAAGAUCAAGAACAGAUAAAUGGAAUGCGUGCUAGUUGCCAGCUUGCAGCAAGCAUAUUAAAUAGAAUGCAGUCUUUUAUUCAACCUGGUGUAAAAACAGAUGACAUUGAUGAUUUAAUUCACUAUUUCAUUAUUAGUGCUAAUGCCUAUCCUUCACCAUUGCACUAUAGAGGGUUUCCUAAAAGUGUUUGUACAUCUGUAAAUAAUGUUGCUGUACAUGGUAUCCCAGAUCUUAGACCAUUAGCAAAUGGUGAUAUAGUUAAUGUAGAUAUUACAGUUUAUUACAAUGGUUAUCAUGGAGAUUGCUCAAAAACAUUUUUAGUAGGUGAAGUUGAUGCAAAGGGCCAAGAACUGGUAUUAGUGACUGAAGAAUGCCUUUCACAGGCUAUCAAACUAUGUGGACCUGAUGUUCCUUUCUGUGAUAUUGGUCUAAGGAUACACAGAUAUGCAAAGAGUAAAGGACUGACAGUUUUGCCAGCCUUUGCUGGACACGGCAUUGGCAAAUACUUUCAUGGUCCUCCAGAUAUCUUUCAUAUGAUUAACAGAUAUCCUGGUUUGAUGAAAGUUGGUAUGACAUUUACUAUAGAACCAGUAUUAUCUCAUGGCCGAGAAAAUACAUACAUAUUAGAUGAUGGUUGGACUGUAGUUACAGAAGAUGGAUCUAGAACAGCUCAAUGUGAACAUACUAUAUUAAUAACAGAAGGUGGUUCAGAAAUUUUAACAAGGUAGCACAAUUUUUAAAGAGUGGAACUGUACUGUGAAAAAAAAAAAAUUAUACUAAAUCAAUGCUGCAGGUAUAUAUAUAAUAGUUUAAUGUAAUUAAAUGUGCACUGAAAUUACCUUAACUAUUGGUAAUAAAAAAAAAUUAACAUGUCUAAAAGUUCAAUCAUAUGUAAUAGAAAUAAAAAUUCAUCAGCAUA